GACUCCGACUCCCAGAGGUCUUUGCUGUUGACAAGGGCGACUACGCCUCCCAGAGGCCUCUGCGGCGCCGCAACCGGAAGCGGCGGGCGAGUCCAGUGUCCUUGCGUGCCGAGCCGAGUGACCAUGGUGCCCCGAGUGUGGUCGCUGAUGAGGUUCCUCCUCAAGGGCAGCGUGGCCGGGGUGGCCGUGUACCUGGUGUACGACCAGGAGCUGCUGGGGCCCAGCGAGAAGACGCAGGCGGUCCUGCAGAAGGCCGAGGAGGUGGUGCCCCCCGCCGUGUACGGCUUCAGCCAGUACGUGUGCGACCAGACCGGCCUGAAGGUUCCCCAGCUCCCAGCGCCCCCCAAGUUUAACUUUCACCUCCGCGACUCCUGGAAUUCAGGCAUCAUGACGGUGAUGUCGGCUCUGUCGGUGGCUCCCUCCAAGGCCUGCGAGUACUCGAAGGAGGGCUGGCAGUACCUGAAGGAGCGCAUCAAGUAGCUGGCAGAGGGGCUGCCUGUCCCUGUCGGGAACAGGGGCAGGGACCGACCUGGGGACUCCAGAUGGGAACCCCACUCUGAGGGCAGCUCCCGGCCUUGCCGGCCCAAUAAAGGACUUGGGAAGUGUU